AUACAUUAAGUAAACUAUAGUUAGUUAUCAUGAAUUUCAUUACAAUAAUGAUUAGAAUUUAAUGAAAAAUAGUUAAAUAGUUAUAAUAUUUAAAGUGAUUGUAAUUACAUUAUUUAAAAUAAAAUAAUGAAUUAUUUGUUGAUCUCAUUAUCGGUGAUCACAUACUGUAUUGGUGUAGUACUGUCGGGUACUAACGGUUCGGGAGGCGGAGGCUAUUAUACUUAUGUGACAACUCAUGGAGGGUCAUCACCGACCAGUACAGCAGCCCGUCCAGUGGCCCGAACUGUCUAUCGAGCAGUAGUGCCGAGUGCCGGUACUACUUAUAGAUAUGUAGUUGCGUCUCCCGGCACCGGCACAUACCCUGCAAGCACUGUAGUCAAAUCGCCGCAAUCUGACUAUGCUCUUGGCUAUGGAUUAGGUGCGGGUACCAGUACUGGACUGGCUACUGGUCUUAGCACAGGUUUAGGUCAAAGUUUAGGCGCCGACGCUGCUGAAGGACCGUCUGGUACUGACGACACUAGUGCUAGUUUAUUGGGUCCAUACGGUAUGGGCGGUGGGUAUGGCGGUGGAGGAUAUGGCGGCGGUGGAUAUGGUGGGGGGUUUGGCCGUCGGCAGAGACCGUUUGACUAUCCCGGCGCUGAUCAGUACGACGAUCCUUAUAGAUCCCGAGCGCCGCCGCGUAUUGUUGAAAAUGGAUAUCAUUUAGGCUAUCGUUUGGGUCACGGAGUAGGCUAUGGACUUGGCUAUGGUCUCGGACAAGGUAUUGGACGCGGUUUGAAUACUGGUUUGGAUGGAGGAACGGGAGAUGAUGAAGAAAACGGUGGCGGAGGAGGCGGUGGCAGAAAACGUGGCGGCGGUGGCGGCAGAGGAGGUGGCGGUAGAUCUGGUAAUAUGGAGGACAAGAAAAAAGCCGCACUCGAGAAGGAGGACAGUAGUGAUGACAAAAAGAGUAGCAAAAAAUAGUGAUUACGAGUUAAUCAAUUGGAUAUCUAUAGCUUAGUUUUGUAAAUGUAAAAUUAUCAUGCUCAUCUAUUUUAUUUCUUAUUAAAAUUGAUGAUUACUUUAAUUUUUUUAUCUAAAAACUGUGUUCACACAUUUAAUACGCUAUUGCUUUAUUUUAGUAAUUAUUUUAUAUAAUCAUUAUAUU